GGUUAAGUGGUUUAGGAGUCCAUUGAGGACAAACAUUUUGUCACGAGAUUUAUAUAUAUGAAGAUUUAUAUAUAUAAUAAUUUAUAUAAAUACCUAAAUACCCCUAAAAUUCCGAAGGGUUUAGGUACUACAACGUAGAACUAAACGCAAUUGAAUUUACCAUGUUAUUUGUAAAAUUACUCUAAUUAUAUUAGUUGGUUUAAUGCUCUAAGAUUAUCUUCCUCAUAAUGCUAAAAGAUCGUUAUUAGGUAUAUAAGCGUCAGCCGUCAAUGUCGAAAAAGCAGAUCAAAAUAUCGUAAUGAAACUGUCGAAUUGAGAUCCUUCUCCUCUUUUGAAAGUCGGUUGAAAAGGUAGUAUUGUCACCAAUUGUCACAGUCGAGGUCACAGUGGUCUCGAUUUAUACCGGGUGCAGUAAUCGUUAAGUGUGCGCAGACGAAAGUACUUUAGGUACUUAAUGAGUUAAAGUUAUUAUUGUCAUUUUACUCAUUAGGUUAAGUACUUUUAAUAUCAGUUUAAAGUUUUUUGAUAUCUGCAAUAGUUAUCUACGGAAUAAUCACCUGUGCGCACUUAACGAUUACACCCUGUAUAUACGGCCGCGGCGUCGUCAGUUUUCAAACGCUUGGCAUUUUUAAUUAUUUUGUUGAAGUAUAAUUUUAAUAUAAUAUCUAGGUCGAGAAUAAUUAGGAAACAGAAAUUUUUUAUUCGAUUUACACAAGAAUAGGAGCUCCGUGUUUUUUUUAUUUUUAUUAAAAUUAUGACAGUAUUAAUUGCCUGCGACCAAACUGAUAACCAACCCGCCACUAACCUUACCACUAAAAGAUUAUAACAUCAUUGUCAGUUGGCCUAAAGGUCUUGUAACCAAGCCACUAUAACCUAACUUUAAAAAAAAAAUCAUUGUCAGUUGUCAUUUGUCAUUGGUCAAUUGUUUGCUGUCUGCUUGCUGUCUGCACUCUGCUGUCGGCUGUCGCCUGUCAUUAAGCAACAAGCAUUGAUUUGAUGAUGAGUGUGUAGAUGGUGUGUAGUAAACAUUAGGAUAAUUAUUAAUUAAGAAAGAUUUAUAAAUGUAUAGUAGCAUCAGUGAAGUCUAUUUUAUAGUUUAGUGAGAGUUAUUUAAAAUAUUAAUAAAGUUACAACGUACCACCAUGGAUGUAGAUUUACUAAGACCGGGCACUGUACCCAUCUCCCCUGACACAGUGUUAUGGUUUGAAUUUUUACUCGACCCCAAUUUACUAAAGAGACAUUUAAGUAAACCAAACCCAGAACCAUCAGGAUGUCAGCUCAUAGAAGAAUUUCUGUCUGUGGAUACAAAAAAUCAGAAUGCAAAACUAAAUAGUGAAAGGAUAGUAGAUGUGGAUGGACCUUCAAGUCCUGCACCCACCACACCUCCAACACUACAGUUCACCAAAAAGCAAUUGGCACUAAAGAUUCUUGCGUUAAAAGUAGCACCUUCUCUACAUUGGAAUUUAGAUACUAUGGAGAACAACUUGCCACCCCACAUACAACAACAGCUCAUGCAAGAUUUGGUUUAUAUGGCUACAGAUUCAGCAUUCAACUCACCUCCUCUGGAAAUCCCAUCAGAAAUUUUGCAAAAAUUACAUGUACAAUUUGCACUAACACUGUAUCAUCGCUGGAUCCUCAGAUUCCCAGUGAAAUCUGCGCUGUUUUUAAAGUCUUCAAAACUGCCUUUUGUGCAUGUGCCUGGAUCCCAAACCGAUAGCACCUAUAGUCCUAUGAAUCAAAGUUUCGAAAGAAUUUUAAGAAUGUGUGAAACAUCCCGAUUGCAAUCUAUUAGAUAUUUAGAAGGUAUUUUAGCAUAUUAUGAAACCACUCUUGGACGCAGAGAGUCGAGAAAAAUAAGAGUACCUGUUAUGGAAACUUUUGUUCAUCUGACUGAAGACUCGGAUGAUAUGAAUCACAAUUGGAAUGCUGGUGAUGUACUUAUAAGCCAGUAUGAACUAGCAAUGCAAAUCCAUUUUGAUCUCUGUUAUAAUUACUUCUUUUAUGGACAACAUGAUUUGGCUAAGAAACACAUACUGGGAUGUAGGGAAAACUCAAAUCUUUUGGAGAAAGAGAUAGCGACAUAUGGUUACGGAAUUCACAAAGAAAUGCCAUGGGGUAAUUUUAAUUACGCUAGUAUGACAAAAGAAGACAUAUUAGGGUACAUAAGAGCAUUAAAUUUGGGCUAUGACCUUCUCAAUGAGGAACCAUCGCUCUUGCAAAAACUUCAAGAAUCUGUUUCGAAUCACUAUGCUGGUAUUAUUGCGAUACUUCAGGCUGAUAAUUUGACGAGAGAAAUACCUCUCGUUCAUAGAGAAGUUGUAGAACUUGAUAUCCAGGGAUCUGCUUCAAGUGGAGCAUUCACAGUUGCUAGAGAUUUGUUAAACAGAGUUUCUGUAUUAAACGCAGUUCGAUAUGCUUUAGAAGGCGGGAUACCGUCAACGCAUCCAGAGUUCUUGAAUAAAUUUAAAACAAUCGGAAUCAAAUAUUUUGAUCUACUUUUUUGGGCACUUGGUCCAGUCUUGACAAGUAACUUAUCUGAAAAUGACUGGAAAAAUCUACAAAUAUUCUUUCUCCAUCUAGCAACGUCCAAUUGUCGAAUACCGAUAGAUCGAAUUGAUGACUAUUUUAAAAAAUAUGUCGGAGAAGCGUCUGCUGAAAGCAUCCGAAGGAAACUAAUCUGUGACGAAUAUUUAAAUGACAUUCUAAACGACGAGAACGCUGUUGAUGAUGAAAAUAUCGAUAUACCAAGGGAACUGCUGACCGACGAUUGGGAAAUGCCGAACUUCGAAUUUAAAUCUGUUCCUGAAUUAGAAGUCGGUCGAAUAAAGAAACGGCUCGUGGAGGCAUCAACGGCCGACGAUGUGCGCAUGUGUCUCGUGAAAUUAGCCAUUACAACACCAUCGUCACCGCUGUGGAAGUUAAGCCCAUCAUGGAAGCCUCCUGGAGGUUUAGGAAACACGUUUAUUUCACUACCCAGAGGGUUUCUGCAAGAUUUUGGUUAUAUUGUGUCAGGUGCAUCAAGAGCAAGGGCAGAGUCGGGAUGCUCUCGUACAGCCUUAUCUUUGCUUUCGGUUCUAGAGAAUGAGGCCAGAAGUCAAUUAGGCAGCGGAUCAGAUCCGACAUUAUAUCGCAUAUGCCGGCAAUUAUCUUGGGAAGUUCUAUUCUUACAAGUGAAUGUGAUGUUGAGUGAAUGGCCGCAUCAUCGCCUUAACUUAACAGCACUUGCAAAUAAAUGUAAGGCGUGUAUCGCUGCGGCUACUUCGGGCGAUACUAUUAUACCACGAGCACAGGUGAUAGAAGGUUGUUGGAUAUGUUUAGUGAACGCCUGUGAGUGGGAAGGCGCGGGUAUUAUUAAUGGUCCGGGCGAAUUGGCAGCGGCACUUUGUGCGGCGUGCUUUGAGUUGCAGAGAGGCAAGGCGUCUAGAAAGUUCCCAAGACCAUUAUGGGAUUAUGUGCUAUCUAUAUACAACAACGGCACUACCGGCCCAGUGAAGAGGAACGCAGGUGGCAUGCCUUCUCACUCUAGGGAUGCCCCUAACGCGGCAGCAGAAGCAAGAAACGCGUUUAAUGCCUUUUUGACAACCCUACGAGAACCUCUAGCGGUCAGCGUCAUGCUAUCGCUGCUGGCUAGGAUAUACAAUCUCCUUACAGAUGAUAGCUCUUUGGAACUCGUCAUAGAGUACACGACUCUAUGGCCCUCAAAUAUUUCAAACAUGAACAACUAUAAUCACAAACACGUGCUGGAAUCGGUUACGGAGUUGUUGGAGAAAAGUUUGAAGUUCUAUCCCUAUAACACGUCAUGGUUGCGUCUUUACGGUGACGUCGAAAUGGCGGGUGGGCGAUGGUCGUCCGCGCUCCGUCGCUACUUGUGCGCGCUGGCGGCUGGUACUUGGCACUUUGCCAAGCGAAUGCCAGACGAGGGCAGUAUCGCGAGACGGGCUGCCAGAUGUUGCCAGGCGCUAUCUUCCCCGUCUCAAGCCGCUGCACUGUGCCAGCUUCCAGAGGAACCCGAUUACACGACCGCUUUCAAAUGCUUCGCUGAAAAGACUGGCAACGCAGCAGAUGCAAUGGACGGUUACUACGGGUGUCUAUGGGACGGCACACUGCUGGAAGUGGCAGUAGCGCUGCACACGCGGCGCGGGGAGGGCGGGCGACGCGCUCGCGCGGUCAAAGCCGCGGGGGCACUCGAACUGAACGCAAAUAACAGUGAAGACAUACAGCGCGAAGCCGCGGCCAUUAGACGCGCAAGAUUACUCAGAGCGCUCACGAACCAAUAUGUUGCUUAGUGAAAUAUAAUAUUUUUAGUUACAA